UAAUAGUCUUCUUUACACUGUUAUUUAAAUUUAUACCAGUGUUGUGAAAAUGUUCUUGUAUGUGUGUAGUUUUAUAUUUAUUCAUCAACUACUCGUGCUGGUGGGACAAAUUUAUGUUUCCAGGGGUCACACUUUGGACCUAAGCCAUCCAUUGGAGCUCUGGUUUGGUACUGGUCAUUGUUCCUUUGUUAGAUGAGCUUCUGUUGAACUCUUUGAAACAUUUAGAAGAAGGUUUUCAUUCAGGACUGUCCUGUAUGUGGCUUAAUUUACCUUCCCAUCAGUUCUGUCCAGCUUCCCUGUCCCUGUUAAAGCCAUACCUGCGUGGCCACACAUAGGCAGGCUAACUGCACUUUCAGUUUCUCCUGGAAGUAAAAUGGGGUUAAUGCAAUGCAUUCUGGGAUUAACAGUUGCUAUACCUGUUGGGAACCAGGGUGUUUGGCUCUUUGGGGGGUAUUUUCUGCUUCAUCCACCAGAUGGUGCCAGAGGCUGCACUACCUGGAGGACGUGCCUGCUGACGGCUCACCUGUGAUCAGUCUCAUCGUCAUCUUGGAGUAUAAGAGGAGCAGGCUGAGUGUUUGCCAGUAAUGGUACUCUGCGCCCCCCUGAGCUUACGUUCUGAUUUCCUGAUAUUACCUCUUGUAAUAUUUUCCUGUCGACUCUCCUUCAGGUGUUUCCUCAUGAGUCCUCUGAACUAAUCUACUGAUUAGCCUGAGUUCCUGGCUUUUGGAUCCUUCCUCCCCUCGUGACGCCGUAGAUAGUUACCCACCGGCUGCCCGAGUCCCUUUUCACCUCCACAGAAGAACCACAGACAGUUCCUGGAGUCUCAGCUGGCAGUCGGGGCGCUCCUCACUCUCCUCACCUGAACUUGCCUGUCUGCCCUCCACCGCAGCCUCUACCAUCUACACUCUACAAACUUCCUGUCCGAACCCAGACCACUUCAAAGACCCCUGCAAAGUAUCCAUAACCACAGUAUGACCUCUACCGCUGUAGAAAAGGACCAGCCCCGUUACCAGCCCUGCUAACUAACCUACAAGGAUAAAUGUGGCAGAUAAUCUCAUGGAUGUUUAAAUUGUAGUAGAAAAAUUGUUUCACUUUAUUUUCAAAGGAACAAACUAAAACUUACAAAAGGGCACCAAUAUUUGAGGUACCUUGCUGUUGGUUACAACUUAAGACAGUUCACGUACUUCAGUUUCUCUGUAUGUUGGUGUUUUGGCUAUAAAUACAUGCAAUCUUUGUUGCUUACAAUGAUGUAAGCAGAAAAACUUGAGAAUUUAGAUCUGUUUAAAGCAACACCAACCCUAGCCACUUCCUUGAUUUGACUCAUUCGCAGUGGCCUCUCUAACAUAUCACACUCUCAGUUCAGCCAACGUAAGUAUAAGGAAGUAAGAAUGUUAUUCUCUUGUAGAAAUCGGUAAUUCGUGCCUCGUCUGGCUGAGCUGGUCUUGAGGUUCUUGAGGUCUUCGUUCAUGGUAUGUUUGUCUUUACUAUUUGUUUAUAGUAAUAUGUAGUCUUAUUGUAAAAGUCUCAUCUUCUGGUCUGUGGUGAUGAAAGAACAACAUAUAUGUUAUGCUGCAACAAAAUAUACAGAAAGGUGCUGAACUGCAAUAAAUGAGGCAUACUUAAUAAGUUUAGUGUUUGAAGCUAAAGUAAUUGACAGAUGGACUUAGUUCCUCAAUGUUGUUUGAUGAAUACGAGAUUAAGAGAGAACACUAUCUAACUGACUGUGUUACUCUGAGUGAUCAGGAAGCAGAUAGUUAAACCAGAGAUAAAUAUAGAGUUCAAGGUGUGGGGCAAGACAAAUGAUACCCAGAUCCCAGAAACAAGGUCAUAACCAGGAGUUAAACUUGAUCAUCUACACACAAAACCGUUAUCAAUAAUCUCACCGUUUGUCUGUGGCUGGAGGGAGCUUAUUUAGAGCAGAUCACAGGCGGGCUCUGUCCUGGAAAAUUUUACUUUAACAAGAGUCUGGAUGAGAGGAAGUAAGAAACGGAUCAAAACCUUGCAAGUUGAGAACAAAAAUACGGAGACACAGUCUGUCAAGUCUGUUCUAGCCAACAGUUGAAUCCGGCUGCGUUUUACAGGUUCUGGUCAUCAGAUCUUGUCACAACAGAGAGUCGCUGUUAGAAAAGACGCUUGUUUGAACUGUAGGUGUGAAGAUUUUGAAUGUAAUACACCAAAAUUCUGUGGAGCUCAACACAGAUGGUCUAGCCAUUUGCCUUUUGUUAAGAAAAGGGGUUCUGUGUUUGACGUUAAUGGGGACAACUUUGAUCCUGAUAAGUUCUUGGUUGGGAAAAUAACAGAUAGUCUCGAACAUCAAGGACCUGCUGUUUUCUGACAAUGUGGGAUCUUAUCCACGGGCAAGACUCACUCCAAACAUUUAAUGUGCAUUUGGGUGAGAGUCUCCAUUAUGGUUUGUCACUUUCUAUUAUGGGUGUGCAUACGAGACCAUAGGCAGGCCGCAGUUGUGGUCGACUCUGCUGAUAUGCAAACAUCAGCGGAUGUCACAGCUCUUGAUAUUGGUCAAGAGCUGUGACCAGUAUCAAGGUCACAGCUCUUGGUUAACCUGGUUACUGACAUGUGAGCAGGCAAAGAAACACACUGAAACAGUACAGGGAGAGGUGUUAGUAGUUUCAGCUCAGCGCAGGGCCAGACAACAGAAACAAAGUAGGAAAAUCAAUCACUACCAUAGGAUUACAAAUUACAAAAGACAAUGUCAAUGUCAUCUCUACUAGUUGAAUGUCAAAUUAAAAGUCCUGUCAUUCGUUAAACUAGAAACAGUUUAAUUUAUGUUGGAGUUUCACAGCUCACAUGUUGGCUGUGGCUAUCGUUACAUUUCCAAGCAUAAAAAAUGAUUUGUGACUUUGAGGUCAAAGUUGGUGGGUUUGACUCUUUUGCUAGUUUCUCUUACUUGAAACCGGAAAUUUCGAACAUCUGAGGGAAAAUUGAAAGCUUUGUUAAAUCGGUUGCAGCGGCUGAGUUUCUUAAAGUUUUGAAAAGUCGUCUUGAGCUAAAAAAAAACAAUAAUUACUGAGCUGAUACCUGUGAUGAAAGGUUUAUACAUCACUGAUAUUGUCUUCAUUUACAGGUAAAGUGUCUAAUUCUGGGAUUGUUUGGAAAGAGUGACACAAAACGUCAAUGUUUAAUGAGUUUUUGACUCUGGCGAAACAAUGCUUGAAAAACCUUAGAAUAUUUUUACGUUUGAAACUGUUCUCACGUCUAGGAGUUUAUAUUAGCUGCAUGUUGUUGCAGGGUGUGACGCUCUUCUUCUUUUUAUUUUAGGAAGUAUAUCUGCUAGAUCAGAAACAUUUUUGUGACCUAGUUGUAUCAUUAACACUUCCCUUUGCCUCAUCCAGAGAAUAAAGAUGUUGUUUUCUCCCAGAGGCCUUCAGUCUACGUUGCUCCUUGUUCUUCUUGGACUAGGCCGUCAUGAUGUGGAGACUUCAGAAGGAAAACAAGUCAUUCAUAAAGGAGUUGGAGACUCUGUGGUGCUUUCAUCAAAUUUACCAGCUGAAGGGGUCAAAAGGGCAAGAUGGAAAUAUGGAAACUUAAAUGUAGCAAUCAAAGGUUCAGGUCUUACUCCAAACAAUCCAUUUAAGGGCAGAGUGGAGUUCAAUAACACAACCCUUAGUUUAACAAUAAGAGACCUGACUCUUCAAGAUUCUGGUGAAUUCAAUUUGAUCGCAGAGGUCAACGAUAAACAAGUUUCAGUCUUCAUCAUUCUGCAAGUUCAUGAACCAAUAUCUACAAAUUCCAUUGUGUUUUCCAACGUCACUGAGGCUGGAUCAGAUGGAUUUUGUACAGUUUUUCUGGAGUGCAAAGCAAAUCCUCACAGUGACGUCACCUACAGCUGGACUGUGGGAACCCAAACCAGAAACGGCUCCACACUGCAAUACAGCAUUAGACCACAAGAUGGCGAAACCACAUUCACCUGCAAAGCCUCCAAUGUUAUCAGUGAGAAGUUAGCAUUCAAAACACUGAGAUGUAGCAACACCACAGGACCCGGUUCUAAUGAAGGAUGUGGUUUUUCUCCCGUCAUGUUUUGGUUUAGGUUGGUUGUCGGGCUUCUUGUUAUCCUAGUGCUGGUCUGGCUGCUUUACGACCAAAAGUUGAAGGGUAAGAUAUGCUAUUUGAAGCCUCGUCUUUCACCAACAGUUGAUCUGAUGAACCCAUUUGGUUUGUUUGUUGUUUCCACAGAAGCGUUUUGUUCCAGGUUUGAACAGGCGGCAGCAGUCGACCGGGACCCGAGUCAGCAGGAUCUCAACCUCUCACCUCCUCCGGGUGAUGCUUUGGUGUAUGAAAACUCAGGAGGCGCUGCAGAUGCACAAGACGAUGAAAACAUCUCACCUCUAUAAGUUCCCAUCAACGACCAGGACAAUCGAUUGAGAACGAGUGGACAAGUUUUAGAAAAGUUUUAUUUUUGUGCCUCUGCUGUCUUCUCAAAACCACAGCCGGCUGUGGAGGACGGUUUCUCACACUGAUCCAGGUUCUGGUUCAGGGUUUUUUGUUUUUUUUUUCCUCUCCACUGUCGCUGCAUACAUGAGCUUGGAAUGAGGGGAAAUGAAACGACACAGUGCAACGACGGCCCGCAAUCUGCUGGGUUUCCUUAGACGUAAAACAUUUGAACAAAUUUGAAUAGUAAACCAAACUUGACUUGAUAACGAGGAACAAACAGAAAGUAGGAUUGGAUCGAAUUGAUGGUGAAAUAUAAAAAACUGAACUGAACUGUAAAUGUAAACAGCAGUAUCUCGCAUAAUUCUGAGUCAUUCUUAGUAUUUUGCCUGCUUGUUGCAUUUAGUCACACGUUGCUGUUUUGUGUUUUUGAAAUGAGAAGAAGAACAGACCGUUUAGACAAUUUGCAUAUUUAAUAUCUGUCUCGGGUUUUAUGAUGAAUAGGAUUUGUAUAUUGCUGCAUUAAAUGCUUGUUGGCACAUUAAUAUGAAAUAAAUGACUAUUUUCUUCA